AUGGAGUUCAACAAGGAGGAGUUCCGGAGGCAGCUGGGGGAGGGGGCUGGGCCGGCUGCACGCGGGGACGCGGGGCAAAGGGAACAGGAGGGCACGAGGACGUGGCAGGGGGACACGGGGGGUGGCACGGCUGUCCCCAGGCUGCUGGAGCGGCGGCAGGAUGAGGCCGAGAGCCUGGAGCUGAGCUCGGGGGGGCGCCGGGAGCCCCGGGCGGGGCGCGGGCGCCGUGUGCUGGACUGCACGUGCGCGGGGCUGCCCCGGCGCUACGGCAUCGCCGUGCUCUGCGGCAUCGGCUUCUGCAUCAGCUUCGGCAUCCGCUGCAACCUGGGCGUGGCCUGGGUCAGCAUGGUCAACCCCGCCCACGGACAGCGCGCCCAGUUCAACUGGGACCCCGAGACGGUGGGGAUGAUCCACGGCUCCUUCUUCUGGGGCUACAUCGUCACGCAGAUCCCCGGCGGCUUCAUCGCCCAGAAAUUCGCCGCCAACAGGGUGUUCGGGCUGGCCAUCGUGUCCACCUCGGUGCUCAACAUGCUGAUCCCGUCGGCCGCGCGCACCCACGUCGGCUGCGUCAUCGCCGUGCGCGUCAUGCAGGGCCUGGUCGAGGGCGUGACCUACCCCGCCUGUCACGGCAUCUGGAGCAAGUGGGCGCCGCCCCUGGAGCGGAGCCGGCUGGCGACCACGGCCUUCUGCGGCUCGUACGCGGGGGCGGUGGUCGCCAUGCCGCUGGCCGGGGUCCUGGUGCAGUACACGGGCUGGAGCUCCGUCUUCUACGUCUACGGCAGUUUCGGGGUGCUCUGGUACUUCUUCUGGGUGCUGGUGUCCUACGAGAGCCCGGCCCAGCACCCGACGAUCUCGCCCGAGGAGCGGAAAUACAUCGAGGAGAGCAUCGGGGAGAGCGCGGGCAGCAACCCGCUGCUGCUGGCCACGCCCUGGCGCCAGUUCUUCACCUCCAUGCCCGUGUACGCCAUCAUCGUGGCCAACUUCUGCCGCAGCUGGACCUUCUACCUGCUGCUCAUCAGCCAGCCCGCCUACUUCGAGGAGGUGUUCGGCUUCGAGAUCAGCAAGGUGGGGCUGCUGUCGGCCCUGCCCCACCUGGUGAUGACCAUCGUGGUGCCCAUCGGGGGCCAGAUCGCCGAUUUCCUGCGCUCCCGCGGGAUCAUGUCCACCACCAACGUGCGCAAGAUGAUGAACUGCGGCGGGUUCGGCAUGGAGGCCACGCUGCUGCUGGUGGUGGGCUACUCGCGCUCGCGCGCCGUCGCCAUCUCCUUCCUGGUGCUGGCCGUGGGCUUCAGCGGCUUCGCCAUCUCGGGGUUCAACGUGAACCACCUGGACAUCGCGCCGCGCUACGCCAGCGUGCUGAUGGGGCUGAGCAACGGCGUGGGGACGCUGUCGGGGAUGGUGUGCCCCCUGAUCGUGGGGGCCCUGACCCGCCACAAGACGCGCGAGGAGUGGCAGUGGGUGUUCCUGAUCGCCGCGCUCGUGCACUACGGGGGCGUGGCCUUCUACGGCGCCUUCGCUUCCGGGGAGCCGCAGCCGUGGGCGGAGCCUCCGCGCGAGGAGGCGGAGCCUCUGGCGCCGGGGGGCGUGGCCAGCGACGAGGAGGAGGAGGAUGAGGAGGGGGAGGGGGAGGGGGGCGGGGGGGGCAGGGGCGGCGGGACCCCCGGGGGGGCCCCCCGCGAGCUACGGGGCCACCGGGACCACCCCGGCCCCCGGGAGCGCGCCGGGGUGAGGAGGGGGCGGGGCCUGAGGGACCGCCCACCCGAAAAUGGGACCGCCCCCUCAGAGAAAGGGACCGCCCCCUCACAAAAAGGGACCGCCCACCCCAAAAAGGGACCCCCAAAAAGGGACCCCAGAGACCCCCGGGACCCCGCUGAGGUGAGGGGGGCGGGGCCUGAGGGACCGCCCCUCACGGAAAGGGACCGCCCACCCAAAAAAGGGACCGCCCCCUCACAAAUGGGACCGCCCACCCCAAAAUGGGACCCCAAAAAGGCCCCCAGGGGACCCCAAAAGCGACCCCCGACCCCCCUGUACAGACACAAAUACAGAGCGGCCGCUGGAGAGAGCCUGGAGUGUGAACUGGGGGCACUG